GCCACAUACUUCACUUUCACUCUGCAACCCUUCGGCCUUCUCUCCCCCUCUUCCCAUUCUGAAAAAUGAACAGAACAAAAUCAUAUUCUCCAACUUUCAUUCUAUCCAAUUUUAUUUUGCCCCUCUCUAAAAAACGAUGGAGGAAAAGAGAAAUAACACAAAUUUUUCUCCCCUUUCUUCCUUGCUUCACCUACCUCCUCUUUGUUCGGCCUGUUUUCUCGAUCUACUCCCUCUGUCUCGUGUCGCCGGUGAGAAAUCGAUCAAGGCCGACCCAAAUCGACCAAAAGCGUCGAUCUAGCUAAAUUUGUCCGAGGAGUGGAGGCAGGGAACGGGAAUGGAGAUGGGGUCGGGUUACAAAUUACAAUCGAGGCAGAGACAAUUAAGUUUUGGGAAUUGCUAUGGAAGAAAGGACGUCUUUUUUAUUUUUUUGUUUUAAGUGAGUUAAACAGCGACGUUUUUGUUCCAAUAAGUCUAUCGUCGGUUAGUACGGAACCGGACGGUAUUCCGGUUUGUGUCGGUUAAGCCGGAAAAACCGGCCGGUACGGUAAAACGACCACCAUCAGGCUACCGUGUCGCUUCUGAUCUGGUUUACGGUUGAACCGGACGGUACGAUCCAGUUUCCUGGACCAUGCUAAUUUCAUCUUCAUUCUCUCAAUUCAUAUCACUUUUGAUAGGCAUUGUAAUUCCCAAAUUUUAGACCCAAUGGAAUUCAAUUCUCAACCUUUUUUAUUAUUCCAAACAUAAUAUAUGGAAAUGGAAUUCCAAUUUCUUACUUUUUUGUCAAUCCAACAGGCUGUUAUGAUUUUACUUUUAUGACCUCAUGUUUUAGUUAUAACAAAGUUGUAAAUAGGUGAGAAUCCCAAUUUUUCAAAUAAUUUAACUAUAUUUAUCAUGUUUUAGUUUGUUUCUUAUGUUUUUAAUGAAAAAAAUGAGUAUUUCUAAUGUUUUUCUUUUAAAUUGCAUAUAUCCAUAUGGGUUGACCUGCCCCGAUUCAUAAUGAAUUACCAAAACUGUGACGACCUGUGGCGAGACCAGCGGCGGAUCCAGGACAGGUUAGAGCACUUGGCCAUCUUUGAAAAAAGACGAAGAGCACUGAGCCAUAGCGUGAAAAACACUAAAACGAAUACCAAAAAUCAGAAAUUACAAUAACUAUACUAGUUCGAAAUCCAGAAGAGGGCUGGGCCGCGGCUCAAGAACGGCCCCUAAAUCCGCCGCUGCGUGAUACAAGUAUCAGUAUUGAGAUGUUCGCCCCGAACCUGCGCGCAUUGCCUACUUGUUCCGUUUGCACAUAAGAAAACCAAAACCAGCGCUGAAGGUUUGCUUUUUUUAAGUGGGCGGAUAUCAUAAAAUCUUAUCCCUCUUUCCGCCUAUUGUUUACGCAGUCGAAGGAAGGACCGUAGAUUAGCUUGGUUCUGUACCCGUACGUGGACGUUCUGGAUUUUUCCUUGUCACCACGCUGGCAAUCAGCUGCACACCAGUUCCACCAAUCAGCGACGACGUCUGGGCUCUUCGCUUCGAUUUCUGGCCGACUAUAAAUCGAAAACCGACUCCCCCAGUGACGCCAAAAAAACACAGCCAAACCCUAUCAGCUUUGUUUUGCAAGAUCGAUCGUUGUUGUGUGUUUGUUUCGAUUGCUGCGAGCGUAGAGAAAUAUGGCCGAGAAAACGGAAGAGCAAGUUCAGGGCCCUGUCCCUGUUGUAGCUGAAGCAGAGCAGGUGCCCCCGGUGGCGGAGGAGGAGAAGAUUCCGGUAGGGGAAGAUCCGCCCGCUAAGGAGGAGGCAGGAAACAAGAAGGAGAAGAAGAGGGAGAAGAAAACUAAGUUGGUUGCAGAUGCUGUUCCCAAGGAGAAGAAGAAGCCUAAGCAGCCCAAAACUGCCUCUCAUCCUCCAUAUUUCCAGAUGAUCAAGGAUGCUCUGUUGGCGUUGAACGAGAAGAGCGGGUCCAGCCCGUACGCCAUAGCCAAGUUCAUGGAGGAGAAGCACAAGGCGGUUCUGCCAGCGAAUUUCAGGAAGACACUAGCUCUGCAGCUCAAGAAUUCUGCAGCCAAGGGGAAGCUUACCAAAAUCAGGGCCUCCUACAAGCUUUCUGAAUCUGGGAAGAAGGAGAAGAAAUCCCGUCCCAAGACUGCUCCAACUAAAGCUGCUAUUGCUACCGCUACUGCCACUGCCAAGAAGUCGAUAACCACAGCAACUGCAAAGCCCAAGAAGCCUAGGACGAAGACGAGGUCUGUGAACAAGCCCGAGAUAGGGAAGAAGACUCCGGCCGCUUUGAAGCCCAAGAAAUCGACUCCUGGUAAGGUCAAGCAGCCAAGAUCCAUCAGGUCCCCAGCUGCUAGGAGGGCCAAGAAAGCCUCCGCCGCUGCUUAAGUGUUGGUAGUGCUAGUGUGUUUUUUGUUUAACUGGAUGGAUGUGAAUAUUUUGUAACCAGGAAAUAAUGGCGAGGAUGCAGCAGGCCGCCUUCGUCCCGUUAGGUUCUAUGUGUAGAUAAACAUGGUGGCUUGUUAUGUUCGUGCUUGAGCAGAAUAUGUAUCUUUUUGGGUUCCCAUCGUUGAUGGCGUUGGAUGGCAUAUGGCCACUUCUGUUUUGACCGCCAUGAAAAGAACUUGUGAUCAACUCUCCGGUUUUUUUCGACUUCAAAAACUUCAUCGGUUUCCAUUAAUGCUUGUCAGAAUCAGAAAUACUAGCGGAGCGGGGUAUCGACAACAAAGCGAACCAACCUUGCCGCAGCUUUGCAUCUUGCGGACAGUGAACUUGUGAUAUAUUAUAUAUGUGAUAUUGUUGAUAAUUAAAACUAAAAGUUUUGGAACACUAUUUUAUACAGGGGUGGGGAACGGGUACCCAAUUCCGUUUAAAGAGCAAAGUACAUCUCAUAUUCUAAACCCAUAAGGGUUAACGGGUAUCCAAACUACUCGUACAUGCCCGUCCAAAUGAGAAGGGAAAAAUUCUGUAGAGCUAACAUACAACUCAAUGAACGUGGGAAUUUCAGUUCAAUGAACAUGCAUAACGCAGGAUUCUUUCAGAAGCUGGAUGUAUCACUAAUCAUUUAGUGAUAAUUAUAAGACAGAAGUUCGGAUUAGGGUUAACGGAUACUAUUGAACAUACCAUCUUAGUUCGACACGACAGAUGCAGAGAUACAGUGUGAAAUAGAAUGGACAUGGCUUUUGGCUUUCAGUAGUCAUUUAGUGUCUGUGUACGCACAGUCAUGUUGUGCUGAAUUGAUUAAACAAAGGAAGGAAGCAGAGUUUGCACUGGAAAGGGGUGGAAUGAGAAAUGAAAUGAACCAUCAGUUGGAUUUAUGGUUCAAUCAAUUGUACGUAUGGGUGGGGUGGGAUGGAAACUUGGGGGUGGGGGUGGGGGGGGGGGGGGAUGUAAUGUUUAUUGUAGAAAUUUUUGCUAACGGGUACUACAGGUACCCGUAUUAUACAAACGGGUACUAACGGGUAACCCGUGGGUAUCUGUUGUAGAAAUCAUUGAUCCCAAAUCCCAUCCUGUUAGAAAAAACUGGUAUCUGGGUACCCGUAACACUAAAAAAAUGGGACGGAUAUGGGUAUACUCAAGUACCCGUUUCCCGUUGCCCACCCCUAAUUUUAUAGACUCACAUAAAAAAGUGUUCUUUUUGUAAUUAAGACCAUCUCCAACAACUCACUAAAAAAAAUGCUAAAAAUAUCAAAAUAACUCCUCCAACAAGGUUUGUGUCAUUAUGAUUAAGGUCUUAAUUAAUUAACUUAUGACAAUUGAAUACAAAUUUCACCUAAUUCGAUCCGAUUAAAGCGAGUUGAACUUGGUGUUGAAGAAUUUAUUUUCGACAAUGAGUUUUUGUGCAAUUGAGGUUGAACCCAAAUUCAACCCAAAUCAAUAGAAAGCGAGUUGAACUUGGUGUUGACGAAUUUUUCAAGUUUUGCAUGCUUAAAUUAAUAGGGAUUCGACCUAAUUCGAUCAGGUUCGAGCGAGUUGAACUCGGUGUUAACGAAUUUUCGGUUGAGGACGAGUUUACGUGCUUUACCUAAUUAAUAUAAUUAUGACAAUUGUACCCAAAUUCAACCCAAAUCAAUUGGUAUUCGAAGGAACUCGACCCAGUAAAAGCGAGUUGAACCCAAUGUUGACGAAUUUUGGGUCGACAAAGCGAGUUGAACCCAGUGUUGACGAAUUUUGGGUCGACAACGAGUUUUACACGCUUAAAUCAAUGGUAUUCGACCUAAUGUCGACUCGAUUAUAGUGAGUUUAACCCGGUGUUGACAAAUUUUUGGUUGACAACAAGUUUUACACGCUUAAAUCAAUGGGUAUUCGACCU